AUCAUCUUGUUGAUUCAGUUCUUCAGUCACAAAAUGCUGAGAAGAAAACCAACAAAAAUCCAAGUCAAAAUCGAAGACAAAGAAGAACUCGAAGAAGCUCGCCGUCGUAACGCCGCCGCCACCAACACCACAACUGGCGCCGCUUCUCUCCUCCGUCAAUUCGAUCGUGCCGAAGAUCCUUCUUCCAAAGCGAAUCGCAUUGGUCUCUCCUCCUAAACUCUUCCUCACACGCGCCCUCUCUCUUUCCCCUUCCGAUAUGGAAGUCGAAGUGAAACUCCGUCUCGCAAACGCAGAAGCUCAUCGCCACGUCACCACUUUACUCUCUCCCUUCCACGUCAUCACUCAUCGCCAACACAAUCUCUUCUUCGAUGGCGCCGAUUCCGAACUCUCUUCUCGUCGUGCUAUUCUUCGUCUCCGAUUUUACGGUGACGAUGAACGCUGUGUUGUUUCGCUGAAAGCUAAAGCGGUUAUUGUUAACGGCGUUAGUCGUGUUGAAGAAGAUGAGGAGGAUUUGGAUCCGAAGGUUGGUCGUGAUUGUGUUGCUGAACCAGGGAAGUUGGGUUUGGUGGAAUCGAGGAUUUUGGGGAGGGUGAAGGAAGAAUUUGGGGUGGUGGGUGAAAAUGGGUUUUUGGGUUUAGGGGGUUUUAAGAAUGUCAGAAGUGUUUAUGAUUGGAAAGGUUUGAAAUUGGAAGUGGAUGAAACUGAUUUUGAUUUUGGUACUUUGUUUGAGAUUGAGUGUGAAAGUGCUGAUCCUGAAGAAGCUAAACGUAUUCUUGAGGAGUUCUUGAAGGAGAAUGGAAUUGAUUAUUCAUACUCGGUGGUUUCUAAAUUCGCAAUUUUUCGAUCUGGAAAGUUGCCAUAGUGAGUGCAUUUUCUAUUGUUUUUUAAUUGGAUUGAACUAUUAGUCUACAAGUUAUGUUCUUGUAGUUGAUAAUUUGAGAAUGUAACUGUUUGUUAUCUUGCAACUAUCAUUCAGCUGUUAAAGUUACUGUUAAUUUGAUGUUCUUACUUCUAUUGUUUAAAUAUGUUUGAUGUUUCAUUUCUA